AUGGCACCGCCGCCGCCGCCGGCAAGGGAAGCAGCCACGCCGCUGUGCCUCAGCGGCUGCUGGUCCGGCGGGGUGCUGCUGGGCUGGUCCGUCGAGCCCAGGCCCCGCCCGCGCGGGGGCGUCGCCAGGUCGGCACGGGCAGAUUUCGCCGCCACCACUGCGGCCCUCCUCUUCCCCAACACCUUCUUCACCAGCCACGAGUCCAUCCCCUCCCUUCCCGACGCCUUCGCCAUCUUCUCGGCGGCGUACCCGCGCUACGGCGAGUCGGAGCUCGCCGACCGCCUCCGGGAGAGCGAGUACGACCACCUCACCGGCCGCACCUGCCUCGACUACACCGGCUUCGGCCUCUUCUCCCACGCCCAAUUCCCCUGCGCCAGCGAUCCUCCGGCGCCGGCACCGUCGUCUUCUCUGGCGACGGCGGCGGAUUUCGACAUCUCCUACAGGGCGCCCGGGGUGGACACCGCCAUGGAAGCCGCGAUCAGGAAGAGGAUCAUGCGAUUCCUGAACUUCUCCGAGGAGGAGUACUCCAUGGUCUGCACGGCGAGCAGGGCCUCCGCCUUCAAGCUCCUCGGGGAGACCUACCCCUUCCAGACGAACAGGCGGCUGCUCACCGUCUACGACCACGAGAGCGAGGCGGUCGCCGCGGUGUUGGAGAGCUCCCUGAGGCGGGGAGCCAAGGCCACGGCGGCGGAUUUCUCCUGGCCGAGCCUGAGGAUCCGCUCCGCCUCCCUGAACAAGACGAUCAUCAGCAAGAGGAAGAACGCGAAGAACAGGGGGCUGAUGAUCUUCCCCCUCCAGUCCAUGAUCUCCGGGGCGAGAUACUCAUACCAGUGGAUGCGGCUGGCGCAGGAGAACGGCUGGCACGUCGCGCUCGACGCCUGCGCCAUGGGGCCCAAGGACAUGGACACCUUCGGUAUCUCCCUCAUCCAGCCGGACUUCCUCAUCUGCUCCUUCUUCAAGAUCUUCGGGGAGAACCCCGCCGGAUUCGCCGCCCUGCUGGUCCGGCGAUCCAGCGGCUCCAUCGUCGAGAGCAGCAUGACGACGGCGAGGAGCGCCGGGAUCGUGAGUAUCGUCCCCGCGAGGGCGCCGUCGCAUCUGCGCAGAGACUGCUCCGAUCUGGAUUCCUCCGGUGAUCUCGGUCAGAUCGCCAGAGCUCGCCGGUCCGACCACGGCGAAUCGUCGUCGGAAGGGCAUCCGCCGCCGCCGCCGGCGAUCGGAGGAGACCUAGAUCGGAAUCCUUCCGAGAUUUCCGACCGCAGCGAAGGACCGGAGAUCCAGCAGACGAUCGAGGAGGAAAGGACGGAGCAAGAGGCAACCGAAGUCGAAUGCAGGGGAUUGAACCACGCCGACUCCCUGGGCCUGAUGCUCAUCAGUGGCAGACUCCGAUACAUCACCAACUGGUUGGUCAACGCGCUCACCAAGCUGCAGCAUCCACACUCGGAGAAGGGGAACACUCUGGUCAGAAUCUACGGACCGAGAGUGAAGUUCGAUCGGGGGCCGGCGGUGGCCUUCAACGUCUUCGACUGGAAAGGGGAGAGAAUAGACCCGGCGCUCGUGCAGAAGCUCGCAGACAGGAGCAACAUCUCCCUGAGCUGUGGAUUCCUCCGCAACAUCUGGUUCUCCCAGAAGCACGAGAGGAACAGUGACGCAGUCGUGGAGAAGAAGCUCAACGGAGCCGCCGCAAAUGCUAGCCGGAAGAGAGGAGGAGUUGACCUCGGAAUCUCCGUGGUCAGCGCCUCCCUCGGCUUCCUCACCAGCUUCGAAGACGCCUACAGGCUGUGGGCAUUCGUGGCCAAGUUCUCGGACGCCGACUUCGUGGAGAGAGAGAGGUGGAGAUACCUGGCGCUGAACCAGAAGAUGGUGGAGAUCUGA